AUGGCCUUGCCAACAGUGCCCUCAGUUCGUGGAAAAGCACAGGCAGUCCCUGACAUGUUCUCAAGCUGCUUCUCCUUGUUGCAGGCCUUCUGGAUUGGAUUGGCAGGCACAGGAAUGUACUCCUUCUUCAAGGCCAGCACAGCCAGUCCUGGGCUAUGUCAAGGACAGAAAGGCUUGUCGCAGCAGGUCUUGAUCGUCAUAAGGCCCUCCUACCAGAAGGCCCUUUGGUCCUGCAACUCCCUGUCAAGAUCUGCUUGGGCUGCCAUCGAUGCCAGAUCAACGGCUUUGCGUCAGGCAAUCAUUCUUGCGCAGAUUUCCUUGGCCACCCAGCGACCAGGCGACCAGGAGAUCAAUGUCUCCCUUGGAGGACGAUUGGUGAUCUUCACUCGCUUCUUCUUGGAAAGAGGAUCCUCAGGGUGCACCUCCUUGGCCAUUUGGCGCAAUGCUGUCCAGAAGAAUGCGUUGGGCCUGGACUUUUGCCUGUUCUUCGAGGACCAUCAAUGGCCACUUCGGGAACUGGCUCGACAACUUCAGGGCUGA